AUGGAGUCCGGGUCACAAUGGGACUCCUCUGGAGAGGGUGGGGGAAGAGAGAGAGGGGCUCAACUCUGGCUGCCAGGCCGUCCUGGGUACUGCAGGAAGCAACAUGACUUAGCUACCUGCCCUGAGGUCCCGUGUAUCUCCAGGGCUGCUCCUGCAGCUGGACUAGCCCUCUCCCCAGGUGCACCAUCUGUGAUGCAGCAGCCUCGAGUGGAGACAGAUGCCAUCGGGGCCGGUGAGGGGCCGCAGCGGGCAGUGCCCUGGUCUGCCUGGGUCACACGGCAGGGCUGGGCGCGUUGGUGCACGUACCAUGUGCCCCAGAGCUGGAUCCAGUGGUGGACCACAUCGGGCUGGCGGCAACCGCUGCGGCGCGUGCUGUGGGGCCUGGAGGGGAUUCUCUACCUGCUGCUGGCACUGAUGCUGUGCCAUGCGCUCUUCACUACCGGCUCCCACCUGCUCAGCUCCCUGUGGUCCGUUGUGGCUGCCGCGUGGCGCCACCUGCUGCCCGCCAUCCUGCUGCUGGUGCUCAGUGCCCUUCCAGCCCUGCUCUUCACCAUUUCCUUCCUGCUGCUGUUCUCUACGCUGCUGAGCCUCGUGGGCCUCCUCAUCUCCAUGUCUCACCCAGGCCACGUUCAGGACUUGGACUAA